AUGGCAGACAACAAGCGCAGCCGCGUCUUCUUCGACAUUUCAAUCGGCGGAACCUCCGCCGGCAAGGUCGUCUUCGAGCUCUACAACGAUGUGGUGCCCAAGACUGCAGAGAACUUCCGCGCGCUGUGCACAGGCGAGAAGGGCGAGGGAACGGCAGGCAAGCCUCUACACUACAAAGGCAGCACAUUUCACCGUGUGAUCAAGAGCUUCAUGAUCCAGGGUGGUGACUUCACAGCGGGAAAUGGCACUGGCGGUGAGAGCAUCUACGGCGAGAAGUUCGAGGACGAGAACUUCGAUCUGAAGCACGACAAGCCAUUCUUGCUGUCUAUGGCCAAUGCUGGAGCCGGAACAAAUGGCAGCCAGUUCUUCGUCACCACAGUUCCAACACCCCACUUGGACGGAAAGCAUGUGGUAUUCGGAGAGGUCAUUGCAGGCAAGAGCAUCAUUAGAAAUGUUGAGAACACUUCCGUUGGAGCAAGUGACAAGCCCGAGAAGGACUGCGUGAUUGAAGACUGCGGAGAACUCCCGCCAAACGUCGACCUUUCUCAGUUCAACAAGAAGAAGGCAGACUCGACAGGUGAUGCGUACGAGGACUUCCCUGAAGACCACCCCAAAGAGGGCGAUGACUGGAAAGGUACAGAGAUUGUCAAGAUCGUGUCGGAGCUGAAGGAUAUGGGCAACAAGGCAUUCAAGGCACAAGAGCACGAGAUGGCACUCAGCAAGUACCAGAAAGCGCUGCGAUACCUGCACGAGUACCCUGAGCCUCUCGAGAACGAUCCAAAGGACCUCGGAGAUCAGCUCAAGACACUCAAGGUCUCGCUCUACACCAAUUGCUCGCUUAUGGAGUACAAGCUUGGUCAAUUCAAGAAUUCCUUCACGUCAGCAGAUAAGGCUGCUGGUGUCCCAGGAAUCGAUAACAAGGCAAAGGGCAAGGCCGUCUUCCGGAAGGGUAUGGCAGCCAAGGGGUCGAAGGAUGAGGAGGGCGCGAUCCAGUUCCUGCAGCAAGCUGCCGAGCUCCUGCCAGAGGAUCCGGCCUCGAAGAAUGAGCUGGCUGCCGUGAGAAAAGCCAUGGCCGAUCGCAAGGCCAAGGAGAAGAAGGUGUACGCGAAGGCUUUCGCAUGA